AAGGGUUGUUGAGUCGAGUCAACGUGACAGAGGGCGGCUGAGGACUUUGACAUUGACAGUCAUGGCCGGUGUCCGCAUGCAGCAGCGGCUGGCAGGCUGAAUAACCUCCAGACUGCAGCGUAGAAUUUCUGGGCGCACGGAGCCAAAGCUGUCAAUGGCGUAGGCGUGCAGGGGCGGCGCUCAGGGCUCAGUUGCGCGCACGAGCCAACUAUGUCAUAUGGCUGAUCAACUGUCAUGCUCCACGCCGUUGAAAUGCAGGCUAUGCAAGCCGCGUAGGGGCGCACACCUGCCGGCGCGGCUUCACGAUUUCUUGUCAGCCAGCGUUCUGUAUUCCUUUCCUAGCACACUACACCAUUCUGAACUCACCGAGAACCUGUUCUGCGGCUGUCUGGGCGCAGCAUCUCCCGGUCCCACCUGGUACCACCCGCGCUCGCGACAUCACCGUGCCCCGCCGCCUCAUUUGGCCCAUCUGGCAGCUCCUUGGCCCCUCUGGCAGCUCCUGAGCCCAUCCGCGCGCCGUGGCCCAGCGCUCCCCCCAGGCUGUCCCUGCUUGCGGCUGCAAACAUCACGCCCGCUCCGGUCGUCUCGACACGGAGCCCCUGCCCGCCGUCCAAGAGUGCCCCUCCGCUGCCCUCGAGCAAGGCAGUUGGGCCGCCAGUCACCACAAGCCGCCUAGCGAGUCUACCGUGAGCCCUGCUGUGCUCCCCCCGGCCGCCGCCCAUAUAGCGGCAGCAUGUACGUCGCCGUCCGGCACUGCGAGGUGUCUGGCUUUGUUCCUGAUUUCGUCUCGUCUGUGG